AUGGGUUCCUUGAGCAACUGCUUGAUCAUUCUCGUUAGGGCCUUCGUAUUCCUCAUCUUCAUUCUCGUCGCGAACUCGGACGAUAGGUUGAUCGCCACUUUGUGUGGCAAAACAGAUGAGCCAAAGAUCUGUCAAGACUGCCUCCACAGUGAUCCCAAUGGCUCUUCAGCUAAUGCCCAGGAAAAACCGCGGGAAAAUUCUCUUUUUUUAACAGGGCUGGCUGUGAUAGCGCUGGAUUGUGCAGAGAGGGACACAAGGCAGCUUCAAGAAGAGACAACGAAGCUAACAAGGAACGCGACGGGGAAGUUGGAGCAGGCACUGAAGCAGUGUUCAGAUGAUUCGUUUAUGGCGCAGCAAGACUUUGAUCCCUUGAAACGCUACGUCGGAGAGGGAUACUAUAAGAAUGCUAGAGAUGUGCUCACUGCAGAGACCAUUCCCCACAUUCUUUCUUGCCUCAAAGCCUUUGACGAAUUCCCAGAUUUGCCUGUGCCUUCUUCUGUCAUUGCCGGCACUGUCGCUUCUAAUCAAUCUUCCCAAAAUGCUGCUUCCAUCUUGGCCAGCAUUUAA